AUGGAUGUACCGAAAGACCAAUUCUCCACUCUUCUCGACCACGGCCUAUACUCUUCUGCUCAAAUCCUGGGCUGCUUUGCUGUUUCAUCGACCUCGAUAAAUCCUGAGACUAGUCCUCAUCUUAAAGCAGAAAGCUUGGUGCUGUAUGGUGAUUCGCUAUUUCGAGAAAAAGAGUAUCGAAGAGCAAUUCAAAUAUAUAAGCAAGCAUUGCAAUACCACAAAAUUCUACCAAAACAAAGUGCAGCAACACCCCCGACAACUAGGAGCUCAUUAUCAGCAUCGAAUAGGUCGUCUUCUCCAAAUUCUUUUAACACUUCAGCAAUAAAUGAAAAUGAGGUGAAAUUCAAGAUUGCGACAUGCCACAGCUCUAUUGGUGAGAACAGAGCUGCUCUUGCUGAGAUGGAGGGAAUUCCGAGCAAAUCAAGGAAUCUAGAGAUGAAUCUUAUGAUGGCAAAGCUUUACCGCAAUUCUAGGCAUACACGAGCUGCAGUUGGAUGUUAUAAGGAAUGCUUAAGGAAUUCGCCCUACAUAAUUGAGGCUAUUAUAGCUUUGGCUGAAUUGGGUGUCUCCACUAAGGACAUUUUGUCAUUGUUUCCUCAGACUCCAAACAGAAGUGGAAGACCUCCAUUUGAUCAUUUUGAUUCAAGUCGCUGGUUGCAGCGUUAUGUUGAAGCUCAAUGUUGCAUUGCUUCGAAUGAUUACAAAGGUGGUCUGGAACUGUUCUCCGAACUUCUACAACGAUUUCCUAACAACAUCCACAUAUUACUUGAAAUGGCUAAGGUAAAAGCUAUCAUUGGAAAAAAUGAUGAAGCCAUUCUAGAUUUUGAAAAGGUCCGGUCCGUUGAUCCAUAUGUGGUUACAUAUAUGGAUGAGUAUGCAAUGCUUCUUAAGCUCAAGUCUGAUCAUUCCAAGUUAAAUAAGUUAGUUCAUGAUCUGUUGAACAUUGAUCCUACAAAGCCUGAAGUUUUCGUGGCCUUAUCUGUUCUGUGGGAAAAGAAAGAUGAGCGAGGAGCUUUAUCUUAUGCUGAGAAGAGCAUCCGCAUUGAUGAGAGGCAUGUAGCUGGUUACAUAAUGAAGGGGAAUCUUUUCUUGUCGAUGAAUCGGCCAGAAGCAGCAGUUAUCGCCUACAGGGGAGCUCAAGAAUUGAGGCCUGAUCUUCGUUCAUAUCAAGGUCUAGUUCGGUCUUAUUUGGCCCUCUCAAAGAUAAAAGAAGCUUUGUAUGCCGCGAGAGAGGCAAUGAAAGCGAUGCCCCAAUCUGCGAAGGCUCUAAAAUUAGUUGGGGAUGUACAUGCUAGUAGCACCAGUGGCAGAGAAAAGGCAAAGAAGUUUUAUGAAUCAGCCCUCAGGCUGGAACCUGGUUUCCUAGGAGCUGCAUUGGCUUUGGCUGAGCUCCAUGUUAUGGAAGGCCGAAAUGGAGAUGCAGUCUCCCUCCUGGAGCGAUAUUUGAAAGAUUGGGCAGAUGACUCCUUGCAUGUUAAGCUUGCUCAAGUGUUUGCGGCUACAAACAUGCUGCAAGAUGCCCUUUCACAUUAUCAGGCAGCACUGAGGAUGAACCCCCAAAAUGAAGCUGCCAAAAAAGGACUAGAGCGCUUGGAGAAACAAAUGAAGGGAGUUGAUCCUGAUGCCCCCGAAGAAGAUGAGGAUAAUGAGGUUGAUGAUGGCGAUGGAGAUCAGGAAGAGGCUGAACUAUUAUGAUAAACAGGUCAAUGGAUUGAUAAAUUUGUUUGAUUUGUUGCGUCCUGACCAUGAACGUGGUGGUGCACAAAAUUACUCGACAGGGAGUGCACAUUAACUAGUUCUUAUCAGACAAAGAAAAUUGUGUAAUAUCAUUAUUAAAUGUAUACCAUUGUUCAUGCUACUA